UUGUUUUGAUGGUGCUCUCCCCUGUCUGUGAAGAGAGAGUGCGGCCAUUUUGUUAUAGUUCGGCUGUAAAUUUGUGGAUAAGGCGAAGAGCAACAAACUCGAACAUUAUGUAACGUCAUAUGUGCUUCAUUUUAAGGAGUCGGAACCUUCUGCGUGUGUGUGGAGAGUGAGAGAAAGUGAGCGGUAGUGUGAGUGACUGAGUUAGUGAGAGAGUGUGUGUGUGUGUGUGUUAUGGAGGAGCGAUCAGAGUCAGCCUGGGACUCGAUGUGAUCAGCGUUACCGGGUGCUGACAGAGGUCGCCUUCUCCGGGACAUCUUCUCCACGGGGUCGCUGUUAUGAAUGGAGGAUAAAAAAUAAGAAAACUAAUUAUAAUAAAUGGUGGCGACAUCAUCCCGCAGCUCUCCCCGCCUCCUCCUCGCUCUUCUCUCCGUCCUGACGCUCACGGAUCCGCCGCUGUCCGGGCCACGGUUAGCACUGGCUACACCGCUGUCAGAGCCGCGGUGCGCUGAGGACCAGUUCGCAUGUCUCAGUGGGAGGAUGCAGUGUAUCCCCCUGGACUGGAGAUGUGAUGGCUGGACCGUGUGCGAGGACAAGAGUGACGAGAUAGACUGCCCUCCAAUAAAGGAGGAGCGCUAUCGCUAUGGCAGCGGCUUUGAUCAGAUCGAGGACGUGAUGGGCGUGGCUCAGCCUGUGCGCUUUAACAAAAAAUGCCCGAGUGGAUGGCACCACUACGAGAAGACUUCAAGCUGUUACAAGGUGUAUGAACGAGGGGAGAAUUACUGGCAGGCUGGGGAGACGUGCCAGAGAGUAAACGGCACGCUCGCCACCUUCAGCACCAACGAAGAGCUGCAGUUCAUCCUCAAGAUCGACCAGAGAGUGUGUGAGCGCAGAGACCAGUGCAGUUUCUGGGUCGGCUAUCAAUAUGUCAUCACCAAUCAGAGCCGAUCGUUCGAAGGCCGAUGGGAAGUGGCGUAUAAAGGUUCCGUGCAGGUGUUUCUACCCCCAGAGGGAUUGUGGAGCGUGUCGGAAGGGAGUGUAAAGCAGGACAGUGUGUACUGCGCCCAGCUGCAGCGUUUUCACAACAGGAAUAUGAACGAGCGCGGCUUACACAGUUGGCACACUGAGAACUGCUACAAACCGUUCCCUUUUCUCUGCAAAAGACGGCAGACAUGUGUGGAUAUCCGGGAUAACGUGGUCAGCGAGGGUCUGUAUUUCACGCCCAAGGGUGACGACCCGUGUCUGAGCUGCACGUGUCACGACGGCGAGGCAGAGAUGUGUGUGGCAGCACUGUGCGAGAGGCCGCAGGGUUGUACACACUUCACAAAGGACCCUAAAGAGUGCUGCAAGUUCACUUGCCACGAUCCGGUUGUGUGUGUCUCAGAUGGCAGCAGUCUGUUUGACUCCAUGGCGAGUGGUAUGCGUCUAAUCAUCAGCUGUAUCUCGUCGUUCCUGGUGUUGUCUUUGCUACUCUUUAUGGUACAUCGCUUACGGCAGAGACGCAGAGAGCGCAUUGACACACUGAUUGGAGGGAACUUGCACCACUUUAACCUUGGCCGGCGUGUUCCCGCCUUCGAUUACGGCUCUGACGUGUUUGGAACUGGUCUCACACCACUACACCUGUCUGAUGACGGAGAGGGCGGUGCUUUCCACUUUCAGGAACCACCACCCCCUUACGCAGCCUAUAAAUACCCUGAACUCCGCCCACCUGAUGAGCCCCCACCCCCUUAUGAGGCUUCCAUCAACCCCAACUCUCUUCUCUACAUGGGACUUGGGCUGAACACUACACAGGUAGACAAUGGAGGAAGUGGAACACUCUGCAGAACCCCUCUCCAGGCCCCACCCCCUCCCCUUGAGGAGAGGGCAGAAUCUAUUGACAGCAGUACAAUGUUGGUGACCCCGGACACACCAACAGACACCGAUGACCUCGACCUUAGCUCCACACUUGAUUCCACUAACACCACCUCUCUCAGUACGGUGGUUUGAGGAAGUGGGUGUGUGUUUGUUUUUGGGCGGGGCCUCAGGAGGAAGAGGAUGGGUUUUUACAAUGAACUGACUGAGUGUUUGAGCUUCAAUGCAGUUGUUAAGUGUAAAUAUGGCUGCUCGUUUUACUUCCUUCUUCUCCACAGACUGAUAAUGACAAUGGGCGGAGCUUCAGCUUUCAGUCUUUCUGUCUCCUGUUGUGAAUGUGUUUUACGCUCCUGACCUUCCGUCUCCAUGACCCACACAGCUGACACUUCAGAGUUCAGUCCUGCACAUGUGGAUGGGUUUCAUGUUGUUAGGUCAGGGGUCAUUCAGGAUCCUUCACCCUUUUAACCCUUUGCCUCCCUCAUCCCACUCUAAGAGCCUUGUCCCCUUCAAGGGCUGUGUCCGUAAUGCUGAAUUUACAUGGUGGUGUUGAACGAACCCUUGCUUUAUUUCUCAUCGCAAAAUUAGUGUUUACAGUGACGGUACGUGACCAAUGGCAGCAUGCAGCCAUGUAAAUGUUGCCAUGGUAAUAGUGUCUAGUUUUGCACCUACAGCAAACAGCUAAAACCGUAGUCUUAUCUUUAUUGUAGAUCAUCAGGUGCGACUACAAGCCAUUAGGCGCCUGUGUAUCCCAGAAAACGCGGGUGCCACGUUUUAGUCAUAUUUUACAUACGCCACUUUUAUUUUCUCUGCGUUGUUUUUAAGCUGAAGCUCUGCACAGUGUUUUGUUUGAACUCGAUUUGAUUGGGAAAGUCUACUGUAAACAAUUCUAUGCCAUUUUCUAAAUGUUAUCUUCAUGGACUGGAGUAAUGAAAAUUGUUUUUUUGUUUUGUUUUUUUUAACCUGCAUUGACAUUUACAGGCCUUUAACUAGGUGUUCGCAAGCUCUCGGCAGAAGAUGUUGUGGGUGUAACAAUUGUGUCGUUACCUUUUAAGUAACAGUACGUGGUAGCUACCCUGAUCAUAAAAUUUCAUUUUUUUCCAAUUAAAAGUAUGCACACGUCAUUUUAAAUUUGCUGGUCAUCGAUAUCUGAUCUGUUUGCUUAGGUGCAACGUAAACCUUAGAUCCUUUUGCUUUCAGAUGUCUUUGUUUAUGCCGAUAUAUUUGUUUUAUUUUUUAUUUUUAUUUUAAGGGAAUGUACCUAAAGGGGGUUGUGGACUCAGUACCAUCAGGGCCAAAGGGGCUGUUCAGGAAAUUGUAUUCCAACACUGCUGGUGGAAUUGACAGCAGAAGUUGGUGAUUAAGCACUAAAUUUAUGUCAUUUAUUCUUUUAUUCAGGUAUGUAUAGCUGAACAGCUGUUACCACCAACUAGACACACACCCAGCCCUUACAGUGCGCAUUAAUCUUUAUAGAAGGAUGCAGCCUUCAUGUGGAGCAUUGGUUUGGGGGCUGGACUGCGUUUUUAUAGAGGAUGCAAUGUACACAGGGAGAGCCCAGAGACUUGUCAUCUGGACUGUAACACGAAGUGAGAGGCUGCUAAGCUUCAGCCCUGUUUAAAGACGGAACAGCAAAUUUAAUACCGAUGUAGAUAUUUAUACAUGAUAUAAGUCACUGAACCUUUGGAAAUGAAUUUAAACAGCCCAAUGUGUCUAAAAACAGCUAAAGCAAUAACAACAAAAAAAAGAUGAAAACACGGGUUGUAGGCAAAACGAUCACAAAAUGAUUGCCCCCAAGCCAGGAAGAAGCUGAACUGCAGCACUCCUGAAUGAAAUAGUUCAGAUUUCCCACAAAUGCAUAUAGAAUUUGUAUCAUCCGUGUUUGUGUGUGCGCAUGGGGGGGGGGGGAGAUACUCUGGUAUCACAGUUUGGUCUGGUAGUCUAGUUAAGUUUCCUCUGAUAUCGAGCAGGAUUUAUUCAUAGUUUAAGGUCUUCAGUAACACUGGUGUGAUUUAUGUUGUAUGCUCAAUUAUUGACAUGGUUGCUCAUCUUUGCUUUUAUUUCCAGGAUAAGUCCAAGAACACUCUCAGACACUAUUUAACCAACCCCCCCCCCCUUUGACCCUCCGGUUAAUUGGCACAGACAAUCCUCUUGAUCAUGUAACGAGCAGAAUGUGUGGUGCUGAUGAUGGACUCUGUCGAUACCAAGCAUCUCCUCGCAGGUUGAUUUGAUUUCCGCGUUUGUCGUUGCCGCUCUGCAUGUUUUUCUCCGCGGCGUGAGGUGUUCUAACGAGAAAACACUAAUAAAUCAAAUGAUUUGUGUACAAAAUUAAAUUUUAAAGAAAUGCUACAACUGCUACUUUUUAAUGUUUAAGUUCAGGUUUUAAAUGUAAUUUCCUGUUUAGGUUUUGUUGCAGGGUUUUGUGUUGUAUUCUGAUGUCGAUGUAUAGCUCAUCAUCAUCAUCAUCAUCAUCGUCAGGCGCCAAAUAAACUUCACUGAAGGAUAAGA